CAUUGAUCCGUCAAGCUUCAGGUCAGUCUCCUGUCGCUGUGGUCAAAAUUAGUUUGUCAAAAUAACAAAUUCCAGCAAUCAUGUAUCAUAUUAUUUUCGGGCAGUUAAUAAAUUCAGUGUGUGCCAAAAAAGGAAGAGUGUUAGUCAGCAACCAAAUAAAGAAGUAUUUAAGUCUUGAUAGGCCUAACUAUUCACAAAAAUUAGUCAAACACUUGUUCCUACCACAAUCAGCUGACAUCCAGAAGAAAUGCUACAAUUAUGCCAAAAAACUGUUGAGCACGAACCGUUUGAAUCAUCAGCGGGAAGGUAAAUCCUCCAAGGUUCAUGGUGGAGACGCGCCUGGUCGUCAUCAGUUCCCCAAAGAAGUGGAGGAUGCUUGUAAUGGUCAGGCUAUGGACGAAUUUUCAGCAGCGUUUACGUAUUUGUCUAUGUCCUGUUAUUUUGGUCGAUCCCACGUAGCUCUACCUGGUUGUCAAGGCUAUUUCAUGGACAUGUUUGAAGAAGAGUUAAAGCAUGCAGUCAUAUUUACAAAUUAUAUUUUACUCCGAGGUGGCCAAGUGAAGCUUUGUUGUGUCCAGGUAUCUGAGGAGCACGACUGGAUGUCUGUGAAGAAUGCUUUUAAUGCUGCGCUGGAUUUAGAAAAAAGCGUCAAGGAGAAAUUAAUGGUGGUAUAUCAAAAGGCAGAAAAACAUCAUGAUCUUCAGCUGGUGGACAUGAUUUCGACACAAUUUAUGGAGGAACAGGUACAAUUCUCUUGGUUUUUGAAGUUGUUCAACGAAUCCAUCAAACAAUUGGCGAGAUUGGUGACUAAAGCACAGAUGACUGAUACCAAAGUUGGAGAACAUCUGUUCGAUCAAAUGAUGCAUUCAACGUUUGUUAAAAAAUCAAACAUGAUGUAUAAAAAAUCCAUUGAAGGUGAUCCCGAGGCCAAGGAUAUAAAUAAACGACAGUGAAAAAGUUUGUUGUUAUUGUUAUGAACUAAAUAUUUGAAGAAUACGGGGUGUGACAAUUAUGUUCCGAAGACUUAGCAACAACAUGGGAACUUGCAAUGCUGUGUCGUUUGUCAACAUCUUUCUAGAUAGGUGACGUUCCUUUUUAGUUUCAGUUCAAGGUUAAUGCGAUAGUAUGUUUGCUUUAUGUUCUGUAAAUAUUUAUCGAAAGUGAAAUUUAGACGGUGCGGAAAAAGAGAGUGGAUCACGUUACAAACAACAUUAAUCUUCGGCAAAUCUAUAAACCGGGAGUCUCAAAUUGAGCACUCAAAGUUGCGCAUGAAUGAAACUAAGAACAUGACACUUAGAAAGCUUCGCAAUUCCGAAUAUUACCUGAGAUAGACGAAGAAAAUUGAAGGACUUAAUCGGAUAAGCAUGCCAGCUAUGAAAAUAGUUUUAUUAUAAUACCCAACGUCGAUGUAUGACAUAUUAUACAUUUUUGGAAAUAUAAUUAAAAACUCUAUCAACCUAUGCAUAAAUACAAUGUGGCAUCUUUAAGAAAAAAUAAUGUUGAUGAUUGAGGACGAAAGAAAACAAUAUAUUGAAAUUUUAGUUAUGCCAUCUUGUAGAACAGAAAAAGUGGCAAUUUUAGCGUACCUUUGAUUUUAAAAUCACAUCUCAAAUAAAAGCGAUUUCUGAGAAAAUUCGAAAAUACUAGGAGUUGCGUAACCACUUUCUUAGUUACCUUCAUGCAUAAUUUUGCCCUCGUUUAACCGAUUCCGUAUCUCUUACCGUUUCCGAGAUCACAAUGCCGAGAGUCGAAUUUGAAACCGUCGGUAUAUAAAUAUAGAUAUGUAAAAUCUCUGUCCACUCUGUCAGAAUCUCGUCUGAACCACCUUACGGAAGACGUAAACAUUUUGGACAUUUACUAAUUGAUGCUCCAGCAAGGUUACAGGCAUGGUUUUUUCCGCGAACGCAUAUUCGACGAUGCAGUCAUCUGUCAUGGCAAGUACCAAAAUCUCCACUGUGAGGGUCAAGCCGGCAACAACGUGGCCAGCCAUCGCCUCUACAUGGGGUCAACUACUGCCUGAAAACCAGCAAUACGCGUUAGAUGGCAGUGUCGCAUUUUGCAUUGGUUUCCACAGAGUCGCAAAAUCUACUGCUUGUAAAACCCUAAAGCAGAAGGCUAGUAGGUAAAUAAAAAAAAAUGGCGCUGAACGAUAUGGUAUAUAUUUUUUCUAGUACAUGAGAUGAAGUGUAUAUAAUUGUAAGACCUUAUAUGU